AACUCCGGCUUCACUUUUCUACGAAGGAAGUGGAGCGAGACGCGUCCUUCCCCCUUUUUUUUUUACAGUCGGUUGGGCUGCGCCAUCAGGUCAUGACACAUCUCGUUUGUAUGUUUUCAGUCGUUGGAGCCUUUAACAUAAGUUUGAACUUAGACAAGAGAAGCUAUCGUUGAAUAAUGAAGAAAUGGCUGAUUCCGUUUACAGGAAAUAGAAAGUACUUUUUUUUCCAGUGUUGAUGGCCCAAAAACUGUGAAGUAUGCUCCUUUAAUAUUCCCCACAGAAUGGACUACAAUUCAAUACCAUGUUCAGACUGGAAUGAACACCAUGUCAGCUCAUGGUUAAAGGCAAUUGGAAUUAAACCAGAGCACAUAGAAAAACUUGAGAAAGAAGAGGUAACGGGACCUGUUCUUCUACAUGUUUCAAAAUCAUACUUAAAAGAACUUGGUUUUGGAGGUGGCCAAAUACAGCUUUUCCUGUGUAAAAGAGAUGAACUUAUAGCACCGGACAAGUCAAAAACAAAUAAAAAGAAAACUUGUUUUGAUGGAGAAAGCAGAGAAGAAGCAAAACAUGAAGCUGUAUCUUCUAGUGAUGUCACAAGUCCUGAAACAUCUGUGUCCUUGCCACAAAGUAAAUAUCGGAAAUUUAAUGACAGUGAUGAACACUUCAGCUACAUAAAACAUGCCAUACUCCCACCAGAGACGGGAAUAGACAAUCUGGUCACUCCAUGCCAUGAGUACAAAUCACUCGAAAAUGCCUGUAAAUUAGAACCGAGAAAGUUAAAGAUCAAAUUUGCCAGUGAAGUCAUUCGGUUUGCAUGUGCAUGCAUGAAUAUGCGUGCAAAUGGCACAAUCCACUUUGGGGUCAUGGACAGGACAAAAACAUCGUACAAACAUGGAGAGAUAAUUGGAAUUCCCAUUGAAGACAAAGAGAUCUUUGAAGAAGCUCUAGAUUAUAUUGAAAAUUGUUUUCCAACACAGCACUUUGAUGCCAGAAAGUGUAUCAAGACCCCAAAAUUAAUCCCAGUAAUUGACAAAGACAGUCAGACCCAAAACUGGAUUGUGGAAGUGGAUGUAGUUCCCAUGGUGAACAUUGUGAGGGAUAAACUGUAUGGUGCCCGAAUACCAAAGUUCAACGAGAAAACCAAUAAAGUUGAAUAUGAGCAAAAAGCUUAUUAUCAGAGAGUUGGACCAAAUACACCACGUGUUACUGAGGAUGAACUUGUCAGUUUUAUUCAAGCUCUCAAAGACCUUGACCAAAAGAGAGAACAAGAAGAAAACAACCAGAAUCUUGCACAGGCUCAUUGUAAAGAGGACUUAGGAAGAAAACUCUUAGUUCUUCUGACACAUGGGAAAAAAUACAUGGACAACACAUUGCGUUACAUUCUUGUGUCAAAUAGAUUUGAUCAGGAAAACCUACAGAACAUCAAAUUUCUUGCUCACAUGAAUAUCUUUUGUGUCUUCGAUUAUGACCCUGACUCCAAAUCAUCUGGACUUUGUCACAAUUACCAAGAGCACCAUGCAGUAAACCUUCACUUCCUGCAUGAUUAUGACCACAGGGAGAACACCACUGACUUUGUCAAAAAGUUACAGCUGUAUGACAGAACAAGCUGGAUUUUCUGCAACGGUCGACGUGAUUACAUUGGAAUGGAGAGUCCAUGUGAUGAAAAAACCUGGAUCAAAAACAAGAAGAAACUGUUGAAAAGAGCUAUAUCUGUUAUCUGCAAUGAGAUUCUCCCUAAAAGAUCAUUUGUGGUGCUUUUCAUUCUCUCGUCUGACAUUGAACAACCUCUUGUUGACACCUUUCAUGAAUUCUAUGCAGAAAUGAGUGGCCAUGAGGACAUAGUCAUCAUCUCAGAGUCAAGGGAAAAUUAUAAGAAAUGGUCGAGCCUUGCCCAAGUGUCCUGCUCAAUGGAUGUGCUUGAACAAAUCAGUAUUGUUGGUAUGCCAAUGAGUCAUGUAAAUGCUACAAUUCAAAGCAUUCAGCUAACCAGUCUUCAGGCCAAAAGGCGCUUGCCUGUGUCAAACAAUGGUGUAUGCUUUUUAAAACCUGUGGAUGAAGAUAGUAUGCUCUCAUUAGAAGUAGUCCGUGUUGACCAGUGUGACGAAACAAAUGUAAAUGUCAUGGGGCAAGAGCAAAUACAAAAAAUUGAACAAUACUUCUAUAAAGGAGGAAAAAUUGACUGGAUGAAUUUGUGGCUGGCUGACAGAAAUGAGUGUGGGGAGGUCAUCAAACGUGAUGCUUAUGCAGAAAUUAACAAAAUGUUGGAAGACCUUGAGAGGACAGACUCAUUAAAACGGUCCAUUGAAAACAUCAACAUAUAUCACCAACCUGGUAGCGGGGGAAGCACAGUGGCUCGACAGAUCCUCUGGAACUGGAGGAAAAAAAUGCGAUGUGCUGUCGUUAAGCAGUCGUACCAGGCCAUGACUGUCUGUGAACAUGCCGUAAAACUUUGGAAUUACGAGGAAAUGGACAAGAAUGCCUGUUUACCUGUGCUUCUGCUGCUAGAGGAUUGCAAUGCAGACUAUCAGGAUGACCUCAGACGAGAAUUAAGCAAUGCAGUCACAACAAUGAAAAUAAGUCCAUCAAAACUGUGCUUCAUCAUUCUGUGUUGUAAAAGGUCUCUUGAUCCAGAAAGGAUGUGUAAAACACUGCCUUUACGCACAGUUGGAGUUACACACAAACUAUCUUCUGAAGAAAAGAAGCUCUUCUCAAAGAAAGCAGAGAGUCUUAAGUUUGAACCAGAGUUUAUACUCACUUUUGUGCUCAUGAGUGAAGAGUUUGAACAGUCUUACAUCAGCUUUUUUGUUGAAAACCUGCUGAAGGAAAUUGAGCAUUCGUCUCUUCAGACACAGUUGAUUAAAUUUGUGGCACUACUGAACAGCCACAUUGAGAAUUCAUACCUGUCCGUAUCCCACUGUGAGGCAUUCCUAGGUUUAGGAAUCCACCUGGACAAAUAUCUAACAUCCACAUGGGUUGAGGAAGUUCGAUACCAAACAUUUGAAAAUUUCUUAAGUGAGCAGGCUAGGUUUUUUUUCAUACAGUUAAAAUCUAGUGAGACUCAUAUCUCCUCUGUGAGAAUAAUUCAUCAUUUGAUAGCUAAGGAGAUCCUGAAACAGCUCUCCAGUUAUCAGAGUCAGAGUCAAAUAGCAAUGAGUCUGCUUCAGGACAAAGUGCUGUUUGACCACAGAUUUGGAAGAGAUGACUUUCGAAAGUUCGUCAGAGAUUUGUUCAUCAAACGCACCAAAAAAAGCAAGGGAGAUCCAAAAAAUAGUUGGUUUUCUCCUUUAAUAGAGCAUAUCUGUGAGACAGAAGAUCUGGAGAAAGCCAUUGACCUUUUAAAAGUAGCUUGCACUCGUUUUGAGGAUGCAUUUGUUGCUCAACAGCUUGCAAGGCUGCUUUAUGAAAACAAAAUGUUUGUGGAAGCAGAGAUUUGGGCUAAAAGGGCCAAGUCUCGUCCCCCACAGCACACAUAUAUACUUGACACACUGGGACAAGUAUACAAAAAGUGGUUCUAUGACAAAUAUGAAGACAUACGCAAGAAAGACUCUAUUGAACCAAACGAUGUCACUGACAUCAUUGAUACUGCUCUUAAAGGAAUAAAUGCUUUUAGAGAAUCUGAAAAAUGUUCACAGACGGUCUCCGUGAAUAAUUCUUAUUUUGGAGAAGUUGAUAUAGGAUGUCGAUUGCUUGAUCUCCUGUCAUUCGUAGACAUUUUUUCUACCAAAGAAGGAAAGAGGAAGUUGAUGGAUUACCUGCUCACAAACUACAUACCAGAGGAAGUACAGAAACCUUGGCAGAUGUUUCAUGGCCUAUUAAAAGGGUUAAAAAACAGCAUUAGAAAAGCCCUGGAAUGCAUUUGUGAGGAUCUUGCUCGCUUUCAAAACUACAGUUCUGAAGAAGAGGAAGAGUUGGAUGAAGGAGAGCCUGACAAAGUUAAUAAUCCAAGAAAAUGGCUCCUCAGGAAAAGCUCUGUGUAUGCCAAAUUUUUUUCCAUUGACAAUGAAGAUGAUGAAGCAGUUGAUACGAAGACGGUUUCUCUAUUAAGGAGACAAAUGAAAAUUUUCCAACUUGGAGGUGGUAAUGUUACAACAAUUCUUUACCUUCUUUCUGAUAACAAGAGACACAGAGCUGCAUCAAAGCUUGAGGAAAUAAUCAGCCUUUUCCCAGCUGACCUGAAUAAGGAUCUGGACCAGACAGAGCUCAUAAACUUCAUCUUUUGUCAAAUAGCACUCUCCUGUGCUUCGCGUGGCUCUGGAAAACUUCUGUCAAUUGAAAAUCUUCAAGAUCUCUGCAAGCGGUUUUACAGUGAAAGGAGAAAUCCCUUACCAGAAACUGCAUACUUUCUUCUUUCACUCUUAUUUUGGCCAGAGGACUCUAUGGGCAGAGUGCCAUCCAGUACAAGAAGUGACAUUUGCACAAAAGCAAUAAAACAACUCCAUAGAUAUUCUGAGGUUAAGUCUACUGCCUCUGGAUCAGGUAGGAUUUUCACCCACUUCCUGCUUGGAAAAGAAAGGGGUCUCAAUAAAAUUGUGCACAAGACCACAAUUGAAGAAUUUUGUAAGGGAACCCUUAGUGAGAGACGCCUCAAAUGGCAAGGCGGUGAAGUGUGGACAAACCCAGAUGUUGUAAAAGUGCUCAAACGAGUUACUGGAUACACUGAAAAUGGAAAUCUGUUUGUUCGGGUAUCUGAUCAAAGCAACAUCAGAGUCAUUCCACUUUUUUCUGCCUCCUUACCAAAUUCAAAUGAGAAUGUGACUUUCUACCUUGGAUUUUCUCUUCAUGGAGUGGUAGCUUUUGACAUCAAGGUGGCAGAGUGAAACCAUGCUUGAAACCACAAUUGGGAGUUUCCCAAAAGAUGUAUAUAACAUAUUUCCAAACAUAGUAGUCGAAUGAAAAUAAAGUAUCAUUGUAAGUGAGCUGCAUGAUAUUGAAUAUUAUUGACAUAUUGAAACUAAUAUGUCUGGAUUUGUUUUGAAUGUGUUUAUUAAAUGUGUGUGUGUUUUUUUUACAUUGUCUCAUAAAACUCUUGGUUUGAGGAAAUAUUAUCAAAUGUCAGAAAUCUUUA